AUGAACAAUACGAUGUACGCGAUUCAAAUGCAGUCUGAGCCAUUUGAGAGGCGUAGCUAUCCUAAUUUUUUUAUAUUUAUUAUCCUGGCUGUUGUGUUGGUGAAGGCCAAUUGUAAAUUAUCGGAUAACGCCAGCCCACAAGAUGGCCGACUGUUAUUCGUAAGGAAGUGGCACAGGUCGAGGACGAGGUGGUGCAAGCCCCAG